GCGAUUCAGGCAUCAACAGCUUCGUUGAUCCCUACGACACCAGCAGGAGGAAGUUCAGAUAUGACGACAGCCAGCUUAGAGACGAGGACGAGAUCUUCGAAGCUUUACAGCCUGCUGGCAAGCUUGUGCAGGAACAGGCAGUUGACCUUGACUAUGAGGCCAUCUACGAGUGGUCGUGGUCUUGCAUUGAUGGCGGCUUUGACCUCAUGGCCAACCUUCAACAUGCAACAAGGAAUCCGACAGGUGCAGAACGAUCAGACACCGAUCAUCCCACAAGCUCAGUCAUCACCGAGCUCAACGACAGGAAGCUACUCUCAGUUGACAAGUGCUUCUCAGCAGACCAAUUCGUUCCAACCUCAGCAACCUGCUCAGAUCGGGAUGUGGAGUUGGACGCCACUUUGCAGCAGCACAUCAAGAUCCAACACUGGCAAGGUUUGCAGAAGAUGAUCCAGAAAUUGAUGAUCAUGCCCACGCACAUGAUGUGGACAUUGGUGAUGAAGGUUUACUGGCACCCGAAGAUGAAGAUACAGGGCCAGGUGUUGAAGUUGGAGAUGUUCACCAAGGAGGAGCUGAAAUCCCAGUUGGACAUCUAG